GGCGAUCAUCUAUGUAAAUCAUGAUCAAAACAAUUGGGUUGCAUUAGGUGUUGAGGAAAAGUCUAACCUGGAGAAUAGAAUCUAGCCAUGUCUAGACUCGUCUGGCUCCUGGCUCUCGUGGCCCACCCUGGCCAGGCCUACUACGCCCUCCCAGAGUGGAGGGAGAGCAAGUACCACCAGCCCGGCGACCUGAACAUCGGCGCCAUCUUCGCGCUGACGGAGCUGGAACCACACAGCUACUGCGGCAACAUCACCACCAGCUACAACGCCAUCUCGAUGAUCGAGCCUUUAGUCCACGCCAUCAACAGCGUCAACGAGCAGGGGCAGCUGCUGUACAAUUUGAAGCUGGGGUUUGUCGUGACAGACAGCUGCUCGAAGGAAACAGUCGCCUUGGUGAACGCAAUGCGGUUCAUUCCACAAAUAGGUUACCAGUCUAAGAGUCCUAGCACCAACAAGACAGGCAAGCUUGAAGUCAGGCGGGAUGAAGAGGAGCAUGUUGGACCAGGGGACCUAACUGUGAUCAAAGAUUUCCCCGUGAUUGGUGUGAUCGGUACUGACAACGCCAAGACUUCCGAGGCGAUAUCCUCUCUCUUGAACACCUUCAACAUCCCAAUCAUCAACUUCGCUGGGUGCUUUGAUGUUUUGGGCACUGAGGAGUUUCCAUCCUUCAUGCACCUCGCCUCCACCUUCUCAGCCCAGAGCCUGGCCAUGGUUCGGUUCCUUGUCUUUAGGGGCUGGAAGUAUUUCUCCGUCGUCUACGAGCAGGGAAUGUACGCUGAGGACGCCUUUAACGUCAUCCAAAAGAGCGUCAGGGCCUACGGCCUGUGUAUCUCCAACACGGCCAUGAUUUCAGAGAGUUCGAAUAUUCUACGGUUGGUCAAACACCUGACCUUCAGCCCCCAAGCCCCCAAGGUCGUGCUGGUGUUCGUGUCCAGCACCUACACCUUGAAGAUCAUGGACGCUGUUCGCAAGACUAAAACCGAGGGCUGGAACUUAUGGAUAGGGACGAGCUACUGGAUCAGGUACAUGUGGUCAGGCGAGCUGGUAGAGGGCUCCAUGGCCGUGGCGAACGACUUCGCUGAUGUCCCGGGUGUCAAAGACGCUCUGAUGAAGCUGACAAAAGACAACCCGAAUCCGUGGUUCCUGCCAAUGCUGCGACAAAAGUUCUCCUGCAAGACGGACGACGCUUGCAUCAUGUCAGCGUUGGGCGCGUACGAGCACGGGUUCGCCCACUACGCCGGUGUGAUCCACGACUCGGUGCAGGUGCUAGUUAAGGCUACAAACGCUUUCCUGUUCUCCCAAUGCCACGAGCAGCAGCGGGUCACGCCAACUUGGGCACACGAUUGCAUAGAGAUUAAUCGUGGCCAUUUUCUCGAGUAUAUCAAAAACGUGUCCUUUGAAGGAUAUUCAGGGAAAGUAGUUUUUGACAAAAACGGCGUUGUACAUAAAGAUCUGUAUCUGUAUCAAGUUAUUCAUGAUAGGAAAACUUCAACCUAUACACCGUUGAAAAUCGCGGAAAUCGCGGAUCGUAUUACCAUGCUGAGGGAUAUAUCCGACCCGCAUCGUUACAUGAAGGUGAUCGACGAUGUUCAGGACAUGUGCAUGCCCAGGUGCGACAGGCAGGAGUACCACCUGAAGAAGCUGGCCUGCUGCUGGAACUGCAAGGAGUGCCAGUCCAACGCGUACGUCAACGAGAACCUGACGGCCUGCGUCUCGUGUCCCAAGUUCUUCUGGCCGCGAGUCCAGAACUUCAACAACACCAGCCCGUGUAUCCGGAUCCUGACCGACGUCCUGCUCUGGCACCGCCCGGUCGCGGCGUUCCUCAUCACCUUGUCCUUUAUUGGCCUGGCGAUGGUUUUGUUUAUCCUGGUCGUGUACUGGGUUAACGCCGAGUCCAGCGUCAUCAAAUCGGCCAGCCUGGAGAUUAGCACCAUCCAGCUUGUGGCCAUGUUCUGUGGGUAUCUGUCGGUGCCGUUCCUGGUCAGCUUCCCCUCCGAGCUGGGCUGUUUCAUCGGUGUGGUCAUGAUCCUGGUCAGCCUGACCUCCAUGUACAUGACCAUGCUGCUCAAGGCCGUGCGCGUGUACCGGAUCUUCCUGAGGAGAAAGGGUAACAUCAAGGUCUCAUACACCAGUUCUAAGUCCCAGGUCCUCACGUUUUUGACCUUCGCUUCCAUAGAGAUUGUUGUCUUUAUUAUUAUCGAAAUGAAAUUCCCGAUACGAGUGCUAGACUUCAUGCCGGAAAAAAACGUUCCGUACGUCGAGACGGCCUGCCUGAUCCACGAGGAACUCGUCGCUCCGUAUUUCGUCCUGGACAUCUCGUUGCUGUUCCUGUGCUCCGUGCUGGCGUUCAAGACGCACAGCCUGCCCAGCACGUACAAGGAGAGCCGCAACGUGUCCAUGUGCGUCAUCACGACCCUGAUCAUGUGGGUGGCCUUCCUGCCCGCCCACUUCUCCACCACCAGCCACAACCUGAAGGUGGUGCUGCUGGCCCUGUCGGUGCUCAUGAACCACUCGACGGCCAUCUUCUUUCUCUUUAUGCCGCGGCUGCUCAGCCUGAAGAAUGCCUCAACGAUGGGGUUUCUCAGGAGGUUCAGCGCCGAUGACUAGAGCCAGGCUUGACAGCCUGAUGAAAGCUACACCAGGUCAUAGACCAGAGGCGUAGCGACC